AUGCCUCGAGAUUCAGGCAAAUCAGCCAACAUUGAGUUACAGGAGAACUACGGUGGAUACAGCGUAACGCUACAACAACUCGAUGAAUUGCUGGAGAGUAGAGACGUACUGGCUCUCAGAGAAUUUGGUAACGCUGAGGGAUUGGCCAAGGCAUUAAAAACCGAUCUGAGAAAUGGUAUUCAUCACGGAGAGGAAACUGAUAGACAAUCUCACUUUGGAAAGAAUGAAUAUCCAAAGAAGCCUCUUGUUCCUCUUUGGAAGUUGUUCUUGGAGGCUUUGAAAGAACCUCUUCUCAUCAUUUUGAUGGUGCUGGCUGUUAUUUCCAUUGUGUUGGGAGUGGCCUUCCCUGAGAGAGAAGAAGACAGAAAAUUCGGAUGGAUAGAAGGAGCUGCUAUCAUUGUAGCUGUGUUGAUUGUUUCCUCUGUAGCAUCCAUCAACGACUGGCAAAAGGAAAGAAAAUUCAGAGAAUUGUCCAAAGAGAGCGCCGAUAUCAAAAUUAAAGUCAUCCGUGAUGGUGAAUCCCAGACUGUUCAAAUUGCUAGCAUUGUGGUCGGAGAUGUUGUGGAAAUUGAACAAGGAGAUCAAGUACCAGCAGAUGGUGUCAUCAUUGAAUUCCACGAUUUGAAAACAGACGAAUCCGUAAUGACUGGUGAAACUGACCUAAUUAAAAAGAAUGAUGAAACUCCAUUCCUUCUCUCAGGUACUGUAGUAGCUGAAGGAUAUGGUAGAAUGCUCGUGACGUGUGUAGGUGUGAACUCGGAGUGGGGAAAAACUUUGGCAAAGAUUACCCAAGAUGAUGAUGAGGAUGACAAGACACCACUCGAAGCCAAAUUAGACAAAUUAGCAACACUCAUCGGUAAAUUCGGUGUUGGUUUUGCUGUUGCUACUUUCCUUGUGUUGUUGGCUGGAUGGUUAAUUAAGAAGGUUUAUGAAACAAACGUUGGCAAGGACGUUUGGUCAGCAGCUGAUAUUUCAACCAUGGUCGGUUUCAUUAUCAUUUCAGUGACCAUUGUCGUUGUUGCCGUUCCCGAAGGUUUACCAUUGGCUGUUACCAUUUCAUUGGCAUACUCUGUCAAGAAGAUGAUGAAGGACAACAACCUUGUCAGACACUUGGCUGCUUGCGAAACCAUGGGUGGUGCUACUAACAUUUGUUCCGAUAAGACUGGUACAUUGACUUUGAACGAAAUGAGAGUUGUGAAGGCUGUCAUUGCUGGCGAUGAAUAUCUUGAUGGUUUGCCAGACAAUACCGAUGGUAUGAAUGAAGAAGUUGUUCAAGUGCUUUCACACGGUAUUUCUGUGAACUCAAAGGCUUCAUUGAACAAACCAAAGACUGGAUCCUUGAAAGAAUAUGAAGUCAGCGGUAACAAGACUGAGGCUUCUCUCUUGAUUAUGUUGAAAGAUUUGGGCAUUGACUAUGUUCCAAUCAGAAAACACUACACUGAAAAUGACAAGAUUGAAAAACUCUAUACUUUCUCCUCUGCUAAAAAGAGAAUGGCUGUUAUUGUCAGAACUGAUACUGGGGCUCAUAGAUUGUAUCUCAAAGGUGCUUCAGAAAUUGUUUUGGGAGUUUGUUCUCAACAAAUUUUGAAGAAUGGUUCAGUUGUACCAUUGACUGAACAACAAAAGAAGAAGUGGAUGGAAGAUAUUGAAAGCAUGGCUUCACAAGGUUUGAGAACCUUGACUUUGGCCUAUAAGGACUUGCAAGGUAAUGAGGAUUACGAAAAUCAAGAAGCUGUUGAAUUUGGAUCUACUUUAAUCGCCAUUGUUGGUAUUAAGGAUCCACUCCGUGUUGAAGUUAUUGAUGCUGUUAAGCAAUGUAAAAAGUCUGGUAUUUUCGUAAGAAUGGUUACCGGUGACAACGUUCUCACUGCUCAACAUAUUGCUCGUGAAUGUGGUAUUUUAUUCGGUGAUGGUAUUGCUAUUGAAGGACCAAACUUUAGAAAGAUGUCUGAUGAUGAAAUUGAUGAAAUCUUACCAAGACUUCAAGUUAUGGCUAGAUCCUCACCUUCUGACAAGCACAAGUUAGUCAGUAGAUUGAGAGCUCUCGGUGAAGUUGUUGCUGUUACCGGAGAUGGUACUAACGACGGCCCUGCAUUGAAAGAAGCAGACGUUGGUUUGAGUAUGGGUAUUGCUGGUACACAAAUCGCAAAGGAAGCAUCAGAUAUUAUUAUUAUGGAUGACAACUUUAGCUCCAUUGUUAAGAGUGUUUUGUGGGGUAGAACCAUCUAUGAAAACAUUCCUGGUUCUCAUUCCAAGCACAUGGAUCCUCCAUUGACUGCUGUUCAACUUUUGUGGGUCAACUUGAUCAUGGACACUUUUGCUGCUUUGGCCCUUGCCACUGAACCUCCAAUUCCAGAACUUUUGGACAGAAAGCCAUACGGUAGACACGAUAGUUUGAUUACCAAGAAUAUGUGGGUACACAUUAUUGGACAAGGACUUUACCAAUUGGUUAUCUUGUUGGGUCUCUACUAUACUGGUUAUCAAUACUUGUGUGUCAAUGGAAAAUGUCUUGCUGAAGCCGUUGAUGCAUACUCCGCAGCUGAGGUCAACAACACCAUUGUCUUCAACAGCUUUGUUUUUUGUCAACUUUUCAACGAACUUAACAGCAGAAAGAUUAAUAACGAGUGGAAUAUCUUCCAAUCGAUCCAUAAGUCAUGGAUGUUCAUCCUCAUUUUCUUCUUCACAGGAGGCAUGCAAGCUAUUAUUGUCCAAUUCUGCGGAAGAUUUACGAACACUGUUCCAUUGAACUGGUACCAAUGGUUGAUUUGUAUUGCAUUGGGCGUUGUUUGUAUCCCAUUCAGUUAUAUGUUGAGACUUGUUGGCCGUCUUUUGACCAAAUUUUUGAAAUGGGACAAAUAA